AUGGCGGAUCUCAAAGUCGACCUCACAGCGCCGAAUGGCAAGAAGUUCACCCUUCCCACGGGGUUAUUCAUCAACAACAAGUUUGUGAAGGGAAGCUCUGGGGAGAAGGUCACCAGCAUCAACCCAACUAACGAGGAAGAGAUCUGCUCGGUCGAAGCGGCCACGGCGGAUGACAUUGACAAGGCCGUGGCAGCUGCCCGAGCUGCCCUGAAUCACGAAUCAUGGCGCGACAUCACCGGCACCGAGCGGGGCCGGUUGAUGUUCAAGCUGGCAGACCUGAUCGAGCAGGACAAGGAGACUCUCGCCACGAUUGAGACCUGGGACAACGGCAAGCCAUACGGCGACUCUCUGGGAGACUUGGACGAGGUCCUUGCUUGCAUUAGAUACUAUGCUGGGUAUGCCGACAAGAUCCACGGCGAGACCAUCCCAACCACGCCCCAGAAGUUGGUUUACACCCUCAAACAGCCCAUUGGUGUCUGCGCCCAGAUCAUUCCGUGGAAUUACCCGCUCGGUAUGGCAGCAUGGAAGCUGGGACCAGCGCUCGCCUGUGGCAAUACCGUGAUCUUGAAGCCUGCCGAGCAGACACCUCUGUCCAUCCUGUUGCUGGCAACUCUGCUACCAAAAGCUGGCUUUCCCCCUGGCGUCGUGAACAUCACCAAUGGCUUCGGCGCGGUAGCAGGGCAAGCACUCGCUAGCCACAUGGGCAUCGACAAGAUUGCCUUCACCGGCUCCACGGCCACCGGAAAGCACAUCAUGAAGACGGCGAGCAUCAACAUGAAGAACAUCACGCUUGAGACCGGUGGCAAGUCACCUCUGUUGGUCUUCGAGGAUGCCGACAUCGAACAAGCUGCCAAAUGGGCGCACAUCGGCAUCAUGAGCAACAUGGGCCAGAUCUGUACGGCCACGAGCCGUAUCCUGGUCCAAGACACGAUCUACGACAAGUUUGUGGACCAGUUCCGGGAGGUGAUCAAGACCACGAGCACGGUCGGCGACCCUUUCGCGGAGGGGACGUUCCAAGGGCCGCAGGUCACGAAGACGCAGUACGAGAGGAUUCUCAGCUUCGUCGAGUCCGGCAAGUCGGAGGGCGCUACGUUGGCGACUGGUGGGCAAUCCUGCCCAAUUGAAGGGAAGGGCUACUUCAUCCAGCCGACGGUGUUCACCAACGUCAAGGACAACAUGAAGAUCUACCGCGAGGAAGUGUUUGGGCCCUUCGUCGUCAUCGCCUCGUUCAAGACCGAAGAGGAAGCCAUCAGAAUGGCGAACGACACGACCUACGGUCUCGGAGCGGCGCUCUUCAGCCAGAGCCUCGAGCUCUCGCACCGCGUCGCGGCGCGCAUCGAGUCGGGCAUGGUCUGGAUCAACUCGUCGAACGACUCGGAUGUCCGGGUUCCCUUUGGCGGCGUGAAGCAGAGUGGGAUUGGGCGCGAAUUGGGCGAGGCUGGGCUGGCGGCGUACACGCAGGCCAAGGCAAUCCACGUCAAUGUGGGCUUGAAGCUGUGA